ACAGACACAAUACGAUAAUGAAUGAAAAGUCGAGCAGACGUUGAAGUUCGAAGCUCAGUUAUCGUUCUGAAAGUUCGUCAGUUCGUACUUUUUCAACUUGUCGGAAUGAUCGAAUGAAUUUCGGAUUGUUUUAUUUAUUAUUAUUUGUUCGCGUGAUUAUUAUCGAGUGAGACCAUCGUGAGACGAACAUUUCGAUGCACUAAUUUAAUAAUGUUUAUCGAAAUGCUGUGAUUUCUUCGUGAUUUUCUACAAUCAUCUUUCUUCUGGGAUGCAGAAUUGCAAUUUUUAAAUCUUCGCCGGCGUAAAAUAUUUCAUAAAUGCAACAUCAGUUUACCAUUGUGAUGAGCGGACAUGACAUGGUGUAAUGAUAUGCCCAUUAGUAGAAGAUUCGUUUGUUUUGUGAUCGUUUGUGUGCUGUUCGUUUGGCUAUUCUGCGCUCGCAAUAGAGAUAUCAGCCAAUAUGAAUCGAUGAAGCAAGUUUUAGAACAAACUAACAUCCAAUUUUUAGAAACGAAAAGCGAACUAGAAUCUUUGAUUGAUAACUUGAGAGAGAAAUGUUCCGUAUGGGAUCCAGAUCUUCCAGUUGUUUACGGUGUCACGCCGACUUACGCACGACCUGUUCAAAAGGCUGAACUUACCAGAUUAUCUCAUACUUUAAGAUUAGUACAAAAUUUCCAUUGGAUUGUGGUCGAAGAUGCGAACGAACCGUCCAUUCUAGUCGCUAAUUUAUUGAGAACUUCCGGCUUAAAUUAUACGCAUCUCGUGGCGCCGACGCCGCCAUCGUGGAAACGUAAAUUAAUGGAACCUAAGUGGAAAAAACCACGAGGGGUAUCGCAGCGAAACGCAGCCAUCAAAUGGCUUAGGGAGAAUAAAAAUAAGGAUACGGAUCGGGGAGUGGUGUAUUUCGCCGAUGAUGACAAUACCUAUAGUUUAAAAUUAUUCCAAGAGAUGAGAUUCAUCAACAAAGUUGGUGUCUGGCCUGUUGGAUUGGUCGGUGGACUUAUGGUAGAAAAACCACUCAUCGACCGGACCACUGGCCGAGUGACUGGAUGGAAUAGUCGCUGGAGGCCAGAACGUGAUUUUCCUAUUGAUAUGGCCGGAUUCGCGGUCAAUUUACAGCAUUUAUUAAGGCAUCCAGAAGCUGAAUUUUCAUUCAAUGUCGAAAGGGGCUUCCAAGAAAGCGCGUUACUAUCGAAAUUAGUUUCUAUUCAGGAUUUAGAGCCUAAAGCCGAUAAUUGUACUAAGGUGUAUGUAUGGCACACCAGAACUGAAGAACCGUAUUUACCGGACGAAAAAAUCCUUCGUAGUUCGGGUCUACGUUCGGACGAGAAUAUCGAAGUUUGACGAUAUCAAUCGAGUACGAAUUAAUAAUACAAUUAUUGUUGGUAAUUUUGUGAUUAGAUCUGUUUUUAUAUAUAUUUACCAUUUUGAUUUUUUGUAACAUAAUACGCUUUCUAGUCUUUUUCUUUUUUUUUUCAAAUCAUUGUAAUUGUUUUUAUAUACCGCGAACGAAGUUCCUCUUAAUCAAUUCAUAUCACAUGUUUCGAGAGUAAUUUCGUUGUCGUCUACAUACCUGUAGUAUGUAUUAUUGAAUUAUGUACCUUAAUUUAUGAUUAUUAAUCAAUUCAUCGAUCAUGGUCAACGACUAGAUUAUUCAGUUGGAAUAUUUAUAUCUCGAUCGGUGAUCAUCACUUUUAAUUUUUCAUCAUGUCAGUUAUUUGAAGGUGUUUUGGGAGCGCUAUUUUAUUAAAUUAACUUAAGAUUUGAUUAUUUUUUGGCCAGAUAUUUAAUAAUUAUUGUUACUUGUGAAAUUGAAUUUGAAUCAAAUCUUUCGGUCCUGAAUUUGAAUUACAAUUAGAACAAAAUGCUCCGAAAACACUGACUUAUAAAAUUUUUAACGUUAUCAUUUUACUUGAUUGUUAAAAUCAAUUUUAGAAUUUUAUCAUUUUUUUCAACAUGAAGGCCUAGCCUUUUCACUUCGUAUACCCGCAGUACUUUUGAAGUAAUCGUAUAUUGACUGUACUUAAUCACUAAACGUAGACUUUUUUACACACGAUUAAUAAUUUUACCAUUUUAGACUUGACUAUUUGCUCAAAAAAAAAAACCGAACGAUUUGUUUCCCUCGUAAGCUCAAAUCGUUUGGAAAAAUUUUCCGAGCUUAAGCAUCGAGAACUCGAUUUAUGUAUUCGAACGAAUUCGAGAUUCCAUUUAAGAAAGCAAUAGUUGAGCUCGAUUUUAUAAUAAUUUUAACGUGUACGCGUAUGUAGUAGAAAACGUUGCAAGAUAUUCGUAAAAAUAAUAACUUUCAGUAUUACGAUGAAUAAUUUACUUAUUUUAAAAAAGACGUGCCUGGACAUUUUGUUAUUUUUAUGGUUACGAAGUUUUACGUAUUUUUAUAGGUGUUUUUUUUUUUUUUUUUUUUUUGAAUCGUCGAAUGGAUUAUUUUUAUAUACGUAUCUGGAUAUUUUGUAUUAUAAUUCGCGAUACGUGUCCCAUGUAUACCUGUUGUGUUUAUAAUCGUUAUUUUGGAAAUGUUUUUAUAUUCUUCCUAUCCUCGUUCUCUGUUUCUUCUUUGUGUCCCCAUCGAAAUGUUACGAACAAAACGUAUUUUUGUGUAGUUUUUACUUUACUGCUGAUGCGAUGACAAUUUGAUCCCCUGGUUUUACCCCUUUCUCUAUCUUUCUCUCUCUCUAUUAUUCAUUAUACCUAUUUAUUACGUUAAUGCGUGUAAUGAUGAUGUUGUGUAUGUGUAUUGUGUAUAUAAAUGUGAUUUUGUUGAGUAUGUUGCGUAGGUAAAUGUGUAAGUACAGUGCUCAAAAUGACGCGAAUAGUGCCAUUUUUUUCUUCUGUUUUGGCUUCCUCACACCCAGGUAAUGUGCAUUUUUUUCCCCAGUUGAUUUAUUUAAUUACGUUUGUAUGUAAUUCGCGUCUUUUGAUAGUGAUUUUCGUGUGUUAAAUUAGGAUAUUAUUAUCGCGUAAUGAUUAUUAUUGUUAAUAAAUAUUUUUUGUAAAA